CCCCGUGUGGUGGCCAUCUUCUGCUGUUACCAUGGAGAUGAGCCCCCCUCCCUCCACUUCUACUGUUUCACGGCGUUGCCGUGGUAACGCCCAGGGAUUCCUGGCUGCUCCAAACGGCUUCUCCUGGGUCUCCUCCUGAGAAGCAUGGGGUCCAGUCAAGAAACCUGCCAGGCCCUCACGUCUGGCCUUUUCGCCUCUUUCAACUUCAGCACCCUCGUGGCCCUCAGCUGCCUCUUUUUUACCUUCCCGUGCAGCUGGCUUGCGGUGAACAUAUCCUGGGCCUUCCCCAUCAUCUGCGGCCACCUCUUUAUCCCGACCAUUCUGUACUUCCUCCUCACCAGUUUCACCGACACCGGAAUCCUCCACAGGGGCAUCGACCAAACGCUGAUGAACCAGCCCGUGAACAUGAACGACCUCAACCAGCACUGGUGUAACAAGUGCCAGCUGUACUGUUUGCCACACACUUCCCACUGUGCCUGGUGUGACACUUGCGUGGAGGAAUUUGACCAUCACUGCGUCUGGGUGAACAACUGCAUCAGUUGCCAUAAUGUCCGCUUCUUUACCCUCUUCGUGGUUUUCCUGAGCGGAUAUGACCUGGCCGUGCUGACUUCCUGCCUGGUCUACUUUGCGCUCAGUGCCCAUCAGGGCUUCAGCAUAGAGAAGAUCUGCACCGUGCUGGUGACCAUCCCUGCCGCCUUCUACCUGACACCUCUGCUCCUCCUCUUGUGCAGCCAGAUCAGCCGCUUGCUUGCCGCUCAGCAGAGAUGCAAGUCCGAGGCUCUGUCAUCUGCCCAGAAGCAGAACCACCCAACUUCCUGCAAGUGGUGGAAUAGUUCCAAAAAGGGCCGAGCAAAGUCAGCCCUGCCAGGGGUGAGGGUCUUGACCCUGGAGCCCCCCGAUCCCUCUGAGCUCCACCGUGUCCCCCGGAUCUCGAGUGUCGACGCGCCUCUUCCCGGCUCUGGCACUCCGGACAGCUUGUCCAGGGGACAGAAGGCGCUCAAGGCUUGGUGCCACUUCCGGUCUGUCCUGGGGAGCCUUCUGCACCGACAGGACCCCAGCCUCGGGGGAGCCAAAAAGCAGGGGCAGGACAGCCAGAAGAAGACAGCUGGGCAGCUGAAGGUCCCAGACAGAAGCAUGCAGAUCACCAGUGAGUAGAGCACUCUAGAGCGA